AUGAAGAUACAGAGAGAGGCAACAUUGCGACUUUUUGAACAAAGAACCAUCCGUUUGAAGAUGUUCUUUGUGUUUUUCCUUUACUUCAUAACAGAGUGCAAAAUUGGAUCAGCAAGCAGAGCGUUAACAAUUCAGACUGGAGGAUCUGUUGUUAUUCCAUGUUAUUAUGACAGAAAAUACACAGAAUACAAGAAAUACUGGUGCUUUCAUGCCAAGGCUGCAUUUAAUUAUUGCUCUAUUCUGGCGUAUGCUAAUGAAACCAAAGGAAAAGUGUCAGUGAUUGAUCAUCCAGAUCAGAGUUUCUUUACUGUGACUAUGAGAAACCUGCAGCAAGAAGACACUGGAGCUUACUGGUGUGCUGUGGAGAUUAAAGGAUUCUUUCAUUUGGAUGAGAAAGAGCAGCAUCAGCUCACAGUUCAAUCAGCUCCUGAUGUGUCUGUGAUGGACAGCAGGGUAUCUAGACAUGAAGGUGAUGAUGUCAGUGUCCAGUGUUUCUACAGUUCUGGAUACAAAAAUACACAGAAACGCUGGUGCAGAUAUAAUAAUGAGAGGUGUUUCAAAGAGAAGAAGACUGACACAUCCCAGAGUUCAUCAGUGCAGAUCAGUGAUGAUGGUGAAAGCUCCUUCAUUGUGCUGAUGAUUGGACUGAGACUCUCUGAUUCUGGAUGGUAUUUCUGCUCUGCUGGAAAUCUGCAGGUUCCUGUUCAACUCACUGUAACAGAAGGUAAAAGUCAAUCACUAAUCACAUUGACAGAUUUUUAUAUGCAUUAUCUGGAAGUGUGGAUUCCUGCAGUUCUGCUGCUGCUGCUGCUGAUGCUGAUUGCGCUUGUCACAUCAACAGUAAUAUUGAGGAAGAAACACGACUUCCCAAGUAAACUCUCCAGCGGCCGCAAGCGUCCCAUGUCGGUGAAGCUCUGCUCCAAGCGGGCACAGCAAUUUCAGCAGUCCUGCUCCACGCAGUCCAAGAUGGCGAGACGAUAUCACGCAACGUUGCCCCACGAACACAGUGAAAUAGUGCGAGACGAUAUCACACAGCGAUGCUCAACUCAGUUUGUCCUUAGUCCGCAGUUUCAGCUGUCCUACUAG